AAACAUCAUUGUUAAAUGUGUUCGCGAGAAGUCACGGAAUAGCUGAAGGUAACAAUAAAUAACAAAUUAAGCUCGUGACAUAACAGGAAAACACUACAGAAACAAAUAUCGUAGAGGUCGUUAUAUUGAUAACCAGCACUUACAUCUGCUAAAUCUGCCUCCAUAUUCAAACAGACCCGUGAAGGCUGGCGACCGUAUAUCACAGAAAAAGCCUGGCUCUGCGGAAACAGUUGUCUAUUACUUCAUAACAAGUCGUUUUACCGCAUAGGGUCAGGGUCUUUAAAGGUUUUAGAAAGAUCGAAUUUAUUAAGAGAAAUAUGUACUGAUCACUCGGGCUAAGCUUGUCAGGUGUCGCCCUGCAAGCAAUGAAGGAAAACUAGCAUUGAAUUCUACUGAAACGUGAUUAUAUUGAGAUUAAAAAGAAGUAGCUAGUGACACAAUAGUUGCUAUAAUCUUGAAACUUGAGAAAACGACAGGAUGAAUCCAUAGUUUGGAUAAGUGGAUUUACCUAGCGAAAAUUACUUCAAAUUUGUACCCAAACGAACAAAGCAAGACAGGCAAGCUCUCUUCAAAAUCAUUAUAUGGUAACACAAAAAGCAGUCAACACUCCGCAGUUGAUUAAUUGUUUUCAUCUCUUAUCACUUUAACACCUUAUAAGGAGGUAUAAAAAAUUUCAAAGCAGUUCGAUAAUCGAUGCACCCACGCCAGUACGGCGUCUUAAGACGAAUGCGUUAUUGUCCUUUUUACUAUUUCAAUGAUGUGGAAACGCAAAGAUUCGCCGCGCAUGCAGUUCAAAGCAGAUAACAAGGUCGGCGGCUGAACUUAUUUCCCGGUAGAUAACGUGUCGUAUGCGAGGUUAUUAUCGAGCAGUGUUGAUGUCUAUUCCGUUAAGAGAUUUACGCGAUAAGGGGUAAUCAAACGAAUAACUUUAAGCGACACGAAAAGUAACUCUAACAAGGUUAUACAUGUUUUGGCGUCGGGCGAAACACGUUUUCAUAGCUUUAAGUGACUUAUUUAAAUUAAGCCAAUUUUUAGGGCCUUGUAUGGCAGGCGCCGGGCAGACGGCGCACAUUGAAGAGAUCAUUCUUCAUAAUAAAUUGAAUAAACUUGGCACUUAGUGCCGAAAUUUCCCCAAAAUUGCACCCCUUAUGUACCCUCUGCUCUGUGUACACAGGUGCAAACGAAUUGUAAAACAAAUCGGUCACAUUAAGCGAUGAGAAUCGGCAGUGAUGGACAGAUACCUGGACGCAUUCGUUGAGAAGCAGUGCAAUCAUAUAGAUCUGUAUCAAUAACGCGACAGCGAUUAAAUCAGACAUCUUUUGUCCAUUGAAAUCGGGAACAAACAAAGAAUCCGGUAGACAAAUAAAGAAAAGGGAAAAAAUAUAAACAUACAAACACCACUCACAAAAAAAGGCCUCGUGGUACAAAACAAUUGAGCUUAAAACUCAAUUCACACCAAGCCCCCAAAGUAACGUAACGGAAUGACACACACACACACACACACAUGCGACCGCGAAAUGUAAAUCUCUGUUGACAGCUUGACCUGUUUUGAGUGUGUCGCGAUGAUAAAUGAUCGAGCUAUGCAGUGGUAUGUUUGAAAUGAGCCAGCUUUUGCCGAGCGCACUGAUUACUGUCAUGCGGUCAUCGGUUAUCGCUCGCGUGCUACAGACGAGGAGUGCUAGUCAUCUAUCACACGGAGCAACACUCCUCCUACUCAACGGCGCCGGCGCCUGGGUGGCUACAAAUUUCCGAGUCUUUGUGACGGAAGUGGGAAAAAUCUGUUGAAAAGCGAGAGACACACGUUCGCUUGUCAUUACAAAGCCCAAGCUUGGACACUUAAGAGUCAGUGAAGUGGAAGUCGUAAUCGGGUUAGGUUUGACUAUAUUUUGGAAAAGCGUUUUGGCAUGUUCGACCUAAGGCAAGCUAAUUUACAGCUGUUGAGCUCGUUCGUCAUUUUACUUCUCGUCCCUUUCGUGGCUUGUACAGCACCUUUAGCAGGGAGCCUGGCGUCGUGUGAAGCUGAAAACGAAGUCAUUAACCUACCAAUUUUGGCGGGAAAUCCUUGCUUUGUGUGUCGCUGCAAGAACAAGUCUGUGGAAUGCGCUCGAGAAGAUUGUCCAAGAAUAAAUGGGUGCACAGGAGUCAUCGCCAAGCAAAAAGGUCAAUGUUGUCCUGUUUGCCAAGAAAGUCAAGGAUCGUCAUCGUGUACUCAUGACGGAAGAACGCACAAGAAUAACGAGUCGUGGUUCGCGAGGAAUUGCCAGAUCUGCUUCUGUACAAAUGGAACUGUGACGUGUGAACUUCAGAAAUGCACUUCUGCAGAAUCACUCAAAUGCCCGGAGGGCAAGGCACCAGGUCAGGUUCCCGGAGGUUGCUGCCCGCAGUGCAUUGAGGAGACUGGUGUUUGUACGUCAUACGGAGACCCACACUACCAAACAUUUGACGGCCAAAUGUUCAACUUUCACGGCACUUGUCGCUACCAACUGACGUCAGACUGUGUCAGCGAAAAGUUCACCAUACGCAUGCGUACUGAGCGAAGAUUCUCCAACGUGUACGCUUGGUCCAAGGCCCUCACGAUCCAUCUGGGUGACACGACGAUUGUGUUACACAAGGACCUAAUGGUGAAAGUGAACAAGUCUGAUGUGGAGUUACCGUACUAUCAUCUCCCUCAAUUUCAGAUAACGAAGGGUAGUUUCACCAUUUCUCUGGUGUCCGACAUCGGUGUUCACGUUCAGUGGGAUGGCAAUGGCUUCAUCGAGAUACACGUGCCGAAGAGCUUUAAGGGAAAAGUCUGCGGACUGUGUGGCAAUUUCAACGCCAAUUCGAAAGACGAUUUUGUGCUGAAAAGCGGCAGGCUUGCUUCGUCCGCCCGCGAGUUCGGAGAGGGUUGGUCGCUGGGUCGCAGGAGUCACGGAUGCGAAAAAGCACCCUCCCCUCCCGUAGAUUCGACCGUUUCAAAAUGUUUCAACCGUUUGAGGGUUUACUGGCGAGCCCACAAGCGCUGCUGGCCAAUCAAGAAGCAGUUUGCAAACUGUCAUAAAAAGGUGAAACCCAACGCGUUUUUCUGGUCCUGUAUCUCAGACGUGUGUGAGUGCUCAGGGAGGCGAUGUGAAUGUGAGGCAGUGAUGGCUUACGCACGCGCGUGUAGACGAGAAGGAGUCACAGUGUCCUGGGGCAGGAAAAACACUUGUGGAGUUUCCUGCAAAGGAGGCGCUGUUUUUGACGACUGCGUUCCCGUAUGUCAGCGGACGUGCGACAACAAGGAUGACGUAAGCGUCCCGUGCCCCACCACGUCUUGCGUGCCUGGUUGUCGGUGUCCGGCGGGUACUGUGUGGAAUAGUCAAAAGACAAAAUGCAUUCAAAAGUGGAAAUGUCCUCCACAGCUGGCUUUAAUUCAGACUAAACUGCGGGUUGCGGCUGUUAGUACCAAGAGAAGCCAUCAGUGGAUUAGAAGACUAAACAAUGAGAAGGGCAGAUGAAGUUAGCUUAGCAAACACCCAUACGUAGUUUUCAUCAUACUAACAACAGUUGGUCAGUGGUUCAGCGAAACCUGGCCUAGCUUGUAGAGUCCCAAGGAAGUAUUUAAAUGACACAAGGAGAUGAGGAACAAUACCAUUACACGGCGACGCCAGAGAAAGGAAAAAUCCAUAAGCAAUGGAACAUGAAUACAAGACAUUUUAAACUGUACAGCAGCCAAUAGCUAUACGUAUUCUUUGCCCGGGGGGACUCCCAUGUAAAAAGGAGGGGGGUGCUCGUCGUACUUUUAAGGGUUUAAAAAGCGGUUUUGGUUCCUUUUAGAGUGUCAGCCUCAAAAGGUCCACAGCGGGAGGUUUUGCGGUAACUUUGUGGUAUUGAGCCGGAAAAAUAUGACAGGAGAUAAUGUGCUGUUUUAGAAUUGGUGCUUCUUAGGGGUAACAAAAUUUUAAGCCACGCCCACAAAAAAGUACUUUGGUACCUAUUAGGGGUUCAUUUCAAAAUUCCCGACGAGCACCGCCGUCCUUCAUAGAAGGGAGUUCCUCCCGGUCCCCCUCGGGCGUACUCUUUGUCUAGACGGCAGGAGGUAGUCACAGAAUUGACUUAUAGACAAGUAUUUAGCAGCGCCAGGAGGGCUUCGUGUCGCGGUAUUUUAACAUAGAGAGGAUCCCAAGCACGGAGUAAGCGAAGACGUCGGUUUGUAAAUUAACCAAAUUGGUAACUUACAAUAACGAGAGAUAUAGGCUAGUGGUCAAACAAGGAACCGCCUGGCAAACUGGAGCCGACUAUGAGGUUAGAAGUGUUGAAAGUGUGGCUGUUUCAUAGAGGAAGCCUGGUUAUGAAAGUUGAAAUUUUAUUAGCUACACCAUGCUGUUAUUUCAACCUCGUUCCCAGGUAGAGGGGAAAGCCCUGGGAACGGGGUUGGCUAUUUAUUCAUCAGUAAUUUUCUCCCGUAAGUGCUGUCGUAGCUAAGAACUUGUUAGGCUCGAUUACCAGUCGCUGGUCUGGAAAGGAGCCCGCAUUUCUGCCUGCAAGGGACGCUCGGGGACCGGACCCGAGGCAAAGGAAGUCGAGCCUAAGAACCUGUAAAACGAGAUCCCUUUGUAUUCAAGUUGGAAAAAUUGCAUAAGUUAUAAUAUUAUCGUAAUAACUGUUUGCUCGAAGAAAUCUUGAGCUUUAGGUCAAAUCUUAUUAUAUAAAAAUUAGUCUUCGCACUUGUGAAAGGCAAUAUCUAUAAUUAUUUAUCGAGGAUUAGAUUUUUGAAGCACUUUAUAACUAAGAGGUAUAUUCCACAACUAGAAUGGAGACUCUUUAUUGUCUUUCAUACCUAGUGCAAAACCUUUCAUAUAAUAAACAAGCUUCAUAACAUACUAAGGACGUGUCAAAAUUCACUUGGACAUGAACUGUUUCGUACUAAGCCUCAAUAUCAAACGGAGGCUGAAGAAAAAGUUCAGGAAAGAGUUGCGUUCUGAUUGGCUAACAAAGCUCGGUCCUCUGUUAAAAUGCAUCUCAGCUGAAACCAGGGCGUUCAAUUUCGCAUGUACCAUGCUCUUGAUAGGUUUAAUUUCAGACGUUUUUUUUUAAAUUUGCGGAAGUAACGCUCUGUGAUUAUAAACGGUGUAAAUGAAUUUAGUGUCAUUAUUGACAGUUUAGCUUGAACAAAUAGGAACAAACUAAUCAAUUAUUCAGCAGUUGAGGAAAACACUAGUGCCCAUUGUGGACCGUUUUGGAUCUGCCUUCCUUGUCGUAAAGUGUUCACAAUCACAGGAAUUUGAUCAUUUUUCUAAAUAUACGUGAUAGAAAAUUUUUUAGUCCAAAAUUUCUUCCGAAAAAUUUCAUCAUUAAAGUAAUCACCCGGUUUCUUUCGCCUUUCAAAAAGUUGAAAGAUAGCGCCCCGGCAGCAGCGAACAACAGCAAGUACUCCAAAAGUUGUUGAACGAGGUUGCAAAGAUUUAAAUGCCUCAACAAUAGUUUUUGUGUCAAGAAAUAGUAGAAAAAGUUUUUAAAAUCUAACUCUGCAAAAUUUGUUUUCAUUUUCCUCCAGCUGCUUGAAAAUGAAUGCAACCGUUUCUACUAGCAAUCGCAGCGAUAUGAAAACCCUCCGGCAGCUAUCACGUUUUUCAGCGAUGUGUAAUGACUAUUUACUAGUACUAGGAAAACCAGCUUAGCAGAAUGUCCUAGUGACACACCGGGGCCAUAUGGGUGGGUAUUAUAACAGCAACCUUCCCCCCGAGGGGCGGGGGGAAGUUUAAAAUGUAACGUUAUACAAAUGUUACAUUCCUCGCUAUGUCCCGGGGGUCGGGGGGCCGCAUGCAUAUUCUACACAACUGAAGCAGCCAGUUUAAUAUGCCAACUGCUGUUUUACUGACACCGCCGGUAGCUUGAAACACUCGCAGGCGAAGCCGGCCUUGUCAAGCUAUAGGAAUAUAGAGAGGACCUUAACAUUAAGUAAAGGACACGAUUUCAAAUGGCGCCAUGUUUUUAAAAGGUGCUCUGUCAAUAUCAGCGGUUAAUACACACAGCUGAGUUUCGUUCAAUAAGGUACCAGUGCUAAUAUCAUUCUAGAUGUUGUCCUCAAGGGUAAGAUUCCAGUUUGAUAUCCGGCAAUAGAUAGGUCACUUCUCCCUCAUUUCUGAGAAAAUCUUCUUCAUCAUCAUUAACAAUGAACUUUUUGGAUAAGCGUCACAAGUCGAUCGACCCUCUCCUUCAGUAGCGCAGCUUCGUCGGUCCGUUUUCUAUUCUUGUGCACCGUGUUUGCUCAAAAUCCCGCUCGGUAAAAACCCGAUUUUUGAAAAUCGAUCACGACCUCAAUCCCAACCAACUCAUAAAUUGUUGUCAUAAAGUCGACGAUCUCGUAUUCGUCAGACUGGAGGUCGUUGUUUCGCUUCGCGCUCUUAAAGUUCUUAAUAAUGAUUGACAGGAGUAUGUUGACCAGGAUGAAGACCACCCCUAUACUGUAGAAGAAGAACGUCAUCGGACCCAGGACUCUGUUGGCUCGCUCCAAGCUAACAUAACUGAACUUGCUAACAUA